AUGUCUGCACCAUCCAACGCAUUAAUAUCAUUCCAAAGCGGCGGGUCCGGAGACAGCGGUUUCUCAAAUUCCGGCCAGAUAGACUGGGUCACCCUCGCUGGAUCUUCCGUCAAAUUUACAGUCGAUGUGCUCGCACGUCUCUCAAAAGCUGGCAUCGAAGCAUUCACACUCGCUGCAUCCUACGCAGUGCUAGGACGAUUCAAACUUGGUGAUCAGGCGGAAAUUGAAGUAUACAACUCCGUCGGAAAGCUAAGGGCCUUUUCUAGCUUCAAUAGCGCUUUAUACUUUGGAUUUGGUGUAAAGCAUAUUGUCAGGAGCCUAGCGGACUCAGCUGAGGGUCUAUCUAUAGUCUCUCUCUGUUCUAUACUAGCAGACUUCUACGGAAUUGACCAUUCUGGAUUGAUACUACGGGAGCUAUUCAAACUACUGAACCCUCCAGUCGAAUUUACGCCGACUAUGACACAAUGGAUCAACUUAAUAAAAGCUUGCGCGGGAGCUCUAUCGCACUCAAACUUUAAGAACCAUCUUACAGGAAUAUCCAGUCUAUAUUAUGGUCUUCAUAAAGAACCGAAGCAGCUCGUGAGAGGAAACGCGGUUCAAAUCGCGUCAGCACUGUUUGGACUGAACCAAGUUUCCUCUGGGAAAAUUAACGAGGCAUUGAUCGUGGGGGGUGCGGAUUGUGCCUUGAUUGCGGCAAUCGCCUCGUGGCUUUUAGACCUCGACGUGGAGAUUAGAACAGCAGGUUCUAGACAAGUAGUCUUCAAACACACGAGUGCAACCAAGCGAAAAGGAGCAGGGGGUUAUUUUGUUGCUAUAGAAUUCACUCAGCAGUCUGUAAUUGGCCCCCAGAGCCAAUUGGCAACCAGGUCGUCAGGAUACCGACGCGUCGUUGAAGUUCAACAGUUAUUUGCCCCUGUUGGUGAAGGUUUUUCUAUGAGUGCGACUGUAUGUACACGGGUAAGCUGGUCAAAUGCUCUAAGGGAGAUCUUUGGAGAAAACUCCGAAGAAGCAUUGUCAGGAAGUAUUUCCGAGAGCAUGGGGAAGCUAUUUGGAGCCUUAAUGUUGUGCAGUUUAUUUAAGAAUUCAGCCUUUAUUACUAUGAUUUCUAGACCCCCAGACUCUUGGGUAUAUGCCAACAAGGCGAGCCAAGGCCUAGGGCUGCUAUCGACGGUAGAAAGAUGGUUUCCAGAAUGUGCAGAUACACAAUUUUCGAGGGUAGCUGCGGCGACAUAUACGAACUACCUAAAAUUGGUGAGGGGGGAUGAUCAAGGCCACCAUGCCAGCAAAGCAGCAUGCGAAUCUAUUUUAUCCCUCGGUCAGGUGCAUUUUGAUAGCAUGCUAAAGCAAGCCCAAGGCAACUGCGACCCCGCACCAUUUAUCCAUAUGUCUUGGUUUCUAUUCCAUAUUUCACGUUGCCUCUCCAUCUGCGAGGUUGAUCAAUCAAUAUUACCUUCGAGAGCUGGUCUAAUAUUCUUUCUUGAGCACAGUCGAAAUUAUUUGGAUGGGCACGACCUGGGCCGUAGCCCUGGUUUUGGUUUCCUUAAACCACCUGAAGUUUUUUUCAGGCCGAGCUCCUUAGACUUUAGGAGACUUCUUGCUGCCCAGGAUGCUCUGCGUAUGACGUCAUACGAGGAAUUUACACCUUUCACACUUGCCCAAAUAUUAUUCAGUGGGAAAGUAGGUUACUACAACUCCCAGGGCCGGGUCGGGAAUCUCUCGAACAUAUCAAGCAAAAGCGCGGAAGUUACGAACGGAAUCUGCUUUGUCUUAAAUUCAUUAAUAAGGCUUAGCCACAACCCCGAGGAAGUUGGGAAAAUAUCAAUCUUCCCGGGGGGCAUACACUACCAAGGCGAAUGUUUCAAUCAGAUCAUGGACGAUCCAGGACCUUACCCGGUGGCGAACUACAACAUUCUAUCCGAAAUAGAAAAAGUACCAAGAGUACCCGAAUUGAACCUGUGCCACUUACCCACCCAUAGCCUCAAUGAUCCUAAGCCUCAGAGUCUAGACGAGAAUAUUGAUUCAGAUUCUGGUACCUCUAUCGAAUUACUCGUCAGCGACAUUCCGAUCGGAGAAGAUAACUUCCACGAUAAUCCUAACGGUCCAACAUCACAAAAUCCGACACUUUGGGUACACUAUCGUAUUGCCAAAGGCCCCAACCAGCAUAAGAUUCUUAAUUUAGGACCCACUCAGUUUAUUCAAGUCUUGUUUUCGCACAUUCCAUUUAACUUGAGCUUUUAUUGUGAGGUAGCAGGACUUAGCCAGGUGGAUACCAAUCAGAUACCUCCUCCAGACGCACAACCUGCUACUCUAUCACCCCCAGAACCUGGGUCCCAGCAUCCAGACUUUAACCCCGAAUAUAGACUCAUUCCCGCAAGCACGCUUAUGGCCUGUUUUAAGUCUGACACCCAGCGCCUGAUAUUUCAAGAUGACAAUGAUCAAAAGAAAUGGGCGUUUGUCUUAUUCGUUGACGAUCUAUUCAGCGAGAUUGCAAUAUUGUCGCUUUACCAUAGACGACCUGGCUACGAGCCGUAUCCGUCCCUAUACAGCAUACCUUUCAGUCCCGUGCUGUGUGAAUCUUCUAAACUUGAUGAAUAUGUCGCAGUAGAAAGAGCCAGCCAAGGAGAUCUCAUGAAUACCGUGGCGAUGGAACAUUUGAGGAAGCAAAGCGGAUCCAUAUUCAUCCCGCCGUUAGACCCGACGGGACCCCCAUACCCUCUCCUUAUUCUACAGAGAUAA